AUGCCUCGAGCUUCCUCAUCACCUGCACUCUCUUAUAUGUCCGGCAAUAAUGCCUGGCUAACAAAUAAUUAUCCAACGCCUGAUAACGCUCAAUCUCCGCCAACAAAUAAUUCCGUCUCCACCUCUCAACCAACAAGUCUUCCAAAAAAUGUUUCCAAUUCUCAACAAAGCCACCCUCGAAUGACUAGAGAUUCUAGUCUUUUAUCUGACCUUCCCCCAGGUGCGUGUUUCUCUGAAGAUCCUUUACUAGGAAGCGCUACUUCGGUCCCUUCUUUUCCUCACGAUUUAAGUGAUACGUUUCCAAACACUCCACCAGAGGGCUCUCAAGAGCCGUAUAUUCAUAGCUAUCAAGGAGAGAACGAGACUAAUUUAUCGCAGCAAGAAAUAUUGCAUUCAAGUCAAAGUUCUGGUGUUAAUCAAAAUGCUUCCACACUUGGUGCUGGACUUUUAAAUGAUAAUGAUAGAUUGAUCAUGAAUACUCCCUCGCACGUAGGCCAAUUAAACGUGCCAACUACUGAUCUUGAACAUGAUUGGCCUUUAUUAUCUCAAUAUCAAGAUGAAUCUAUGUUUACUAGGCAUGAUAACGAUUAUUUUCAUAUUUUGCAAAAUGAUCGCAUAAAUAACCUGUCAAUGCCGAGUCAUGUGGGGUACGAUGGUGUUUUAUAUGGUGUUGAACAAAGUGCAAGCGUUCCCUUUAUUUCGGAAAAUAACUCUCAAAAAGAUGUUAUAAAAUCAAAUAUACCAGAUAAUAAUAUUGUUAACGUAAAAGAUACAGGACUUUCAAGUGAACAUGGUACUAUACCAGGUUCUCAGCCUCAAGUACUUUCAGAAAAUAUUCCCAGAAAUACUGGUAAAUUAUUAUCGGAAAAAGCUAUUGUAACUUCAGAUGUUGAACAUUCAGAGUAUGAUGAUGAUGAAUUUUCAGAGUCAUAUGAGGAGGUGCCUUCUUGGACCUUCAUGGAUAAGAUUGGUGAUGCGUUACGUAGGCAAAGUGAUUAUUUUGAAAAUAUGUCUAAUAUGUUUUCAACGAUGGAAUUUGCUAAAGUGGAUCCACAAAGUGAUGAUGACAUCACGACUUCUACUCCCACCGUUUCUGAAACGAGGCGUAGUAUGCGUCCAAGAAAACGUCGACGUAAACAUCCCCUUCGUUCAACGUCACAUUCAGCAACAGAGAACGAAGCUGAUGUUGAUGAUAAUUCUAUUUCAAAUUCAAAUUCUGGUCAUGGUCAUCAGGUUGAAUCAGAUGAUCAUACUUAUGAAUUAUCUCCAGUACAAAGUGACAGAGAAGAAAUCUCUGAAGAUGUUUCUAGCAUCACUGAAGAUUUAAAUAAUUCCAAUAAUUUUUCACGGAAACACGAUCUUCGUUCAAGGAAGAUCGGUUCAAACUAUAAACUCCCUGGUACACCUAUUGCGACCAGGCGUGCUAAGAGAAUUAAAACUUCUCCAAAGUUAUCUAUUCAAAAGACUUCAAAUAAUGUGAAAUUUGUUCCAAAACGUAAAAAUAUUCAACGAAAACAAUCCAAACCAACAAAAUUAGAAAAACCCGCUAAAUCUAAAAAACUUGUAAAAAUCACAAGGCCAAUUUAUAGUCGUAAAAGAAAAGAAAAAGAUGGUGAAUGGAAAAUGGGUGAUGAUGAUGAUUAUGAAUCGGAUUCUGAAACAUUGGAUAGUCCCAGUGUGGGUACAUCUGCUAAACGUCAACGACCUCCUCCAAAACCACGUAUCCCCCUAAAUACAAAAUCAAGAACUCGUAAGAUUCAUACACCAUCUAAACCUCAGACACCAUCUAAACCUCAAACACCAUCUAAACCUCAAACACCAUCUAAACCUCAACCAUCAUCUAAACCUCAACCAUCAUCUAAACCUCAAACACCAUCUAAACCUCAAACACGAUCUUCUAAUCAAAAUGCCAAACAAGAUAAUAAUGAAGUUCCAAGAAUUAACACUAGAAAGCGUUCUUCGAGUCGUGCUCAACAAUCAAAUCCAGUGCCAGUUAAAAGACAAACUAGAGCUAAAAGUGGUAUCACGAGUAGACGUGCUAAAAAAGUUCAAGAUGAAAUUGUUGACGAUAACGAUAACGACGAAAAUGUUGAGAAUCUGAAUGCAAAUGAAAAAAUCUCUGAUGUUGAAUCGGAUAAUGCUGAUCUUAUUGAAGACACAUUGCCUGUUAUCCCAAUAAAAAGUACAUCUCAUUCAAAGAGAGGUAGAAAACCAAAAUCUACUAGAGGCGGCAAUCGAAAACGAGGCGUAGGACGAAGUAGAGCUAGCAGCACGACUAGUGGUCAUACUUUAAUUGAAAAACUUCCAAAUAUUGAUCCUGAUCCUUAUCUAGUUACUGUUUCUGUUGAUAAUUCUGCUGUUGUUGAUAAUCCAGCUGUUGUUAUUAAUCCAAUUGUGCAAAUUGAUAAACCUGCUGAUGUUGAUAAUAUUGACAUUACACCUGCUGAAGUUGAUCAUAAUGAAGCUACACCUGCUGAAGUUGAUAAUAGUGAAGUUACAAGAAUUGAUAUUAAUGAAGAUAAAGAAAUUGAUAUUAAUGAAGAUAAAGAAAUUGAUAGUAGUGAAGUUAAAGAACAACUUGACAAUAGUGAAAUUAAAAGAAUUAACACUAGGAGCCGCUCUUCGAGCCGUGCUCAAAAAUUAGUUCCAGUGCCGGUUAAAAGACAAACCAGGUCUAAACGUGGUAUCAAGAGUAAGCGUACUAAAAAAGUUCGAGAUGAAUUUAUUGACGGAGAUUAUGAAGUUGAAUCGGAUAAUGUCGAUCCAAUUGAAGAAACAGUACCGGUUAAAAGACGAACCAAGUCUAAAAGUGGUAUUAAGAGUAAGCGUACUAAAAAAGUUCGGGAUGAAAUUAUUGACGAAAAUCCUGAGGAUCUGAAUGUACAUGGAAAAAUACCUGAUGUUGAAUCGGAUAAUGUCGAUCCACUUGAAGAAACAGUACCGGUUAAAAGACAAACCAGGUCUAAAAGUGGUAUCAAGAAUAAGCGUACUAAAAAAGUUCAGGAUGAAAUUAUUGAGAGUAACGACGAAAAUCCUGAGGAUCUGAAU